UAGGCGUUCUGUUCCCUAUGCUCUGACCCGGGGAUCCAAAUCUGUAUCGCCGGAACGGCAGCUGCAGUGGAGCCUCAGCCUGCGCACGAAAAAGUCUCUACCGACAUAGUGCUGAACACGUGCGGAGGGGUGAGAGCACUUUUCGCAGCCUUCUCUGCUUCCUGCCGGCUCUAUUCAAUAAUGCCCGAGGUCAAUGGAGCAGCCAUAAAACUCCGAUAAAAUGCGGCUGGGCCUGGUUCGGUGGAGUCCACUCAUUUUCUGAUGCACUCUGCGUUUUUGGCCCUCGUCGGGCUGUCUCUAUUCCACUCAGUAUCAUCUCAAUUUUCUCCCGGCUUCCCUUAUGGUUCUCAGAAGGUGCGAGGCGUCAACCUUGGAGGUUGGCUCGUACUCGAGCCAUGGAUCACCCCCAGCAUAUUCGACAACACAGGAAAUCCUAAUAUUGUCGAUGAAUGGACAUUUGGACAAUAUUAUGACCGCGCCACUGCAACAAACGUACUACAGAACCACUGGAACACCUGGAUUACGCAGAAUGACUUUGCAAAUAUUGCUGCUGCCGGAUUGAACCAUGUGAGACUGCCUAUCGGGUACUGGGCCUUUGAAGUUGGCCCUGGUGAGCCAUACAUACAAGGCCAGUUACCUUACCUUCAGAACGCUGUACAAUGGGCUAGCCAAUACGGACUCAAGUUGAUCGUCGAUCUUCACGGGGCUCCCGGAAGCCAAAAUGGGUACGACAAUUCUGGGCACAGAAUGUCAUACCCUACAUGGCAGUCAAACCAAACGAAUAUUGCCCGGACAGACGCGAUCAUCAAACAGAUUGCUUCCAUGUUUGCUGGUCAGGCCAAUGUUGUUUCUAUCAUCGCGCCCUUGAACGAGCCAGCUGGGUAUUACGGAUCAUCUGUUCUAACACCUUUGAGACAAUAUUACUACGAUUCUUAUGGAAAUAUCAGGUAUCCGUACGGCACAUCGACGCAGAGCAAUACUGUCGUUCUACUUCAUGAUGCUUUCCAGCCUCUGAGUUAUUGGGACGGAUUCGAGACCACUCCCGACUUCCAGGGCGUGGCGAUGGAUACGCACAUAUAUCAGGUGUUUUCCGACGCGGUAUGUCCCAAGAUAGAAAGCCAUUUCCAAGUCUUAUCCCGUAUGUUUUCGCAGGAUGUUCAAAUGUCUUGGCAAAGCCAUAUCAAUACUGCGUGUGGUACUCAAUCCACUCUUUCCAAUUUCGACCUUUGGCUUAUGGUCGGUGAAUGGUCACCCGCCAUUACCGAUUGUGCCACCUACCUUAACGGCAGGGGCAACGGGGCCCGUUACGAUGGUUCCUACCCUGGUUCCACUUACGUCGGAAGUUGCACUGGGCUUACCGGAAGCGCAUCUACUUUCAGCUCGAGCUAUAAAACUUUCCUUCGUCAGUUCUGGGAAGCGCAGGUUAUUUCAUAUGAGAAAUCAAACGGGUGGUUGAUGUGGACGUGGAAGACAGAAAGUGCAGACGAAUGGUCAUACAUGGCUGGAUUACAAAACGGCUGGGUACCCCAGUCUCCUACUGACCUCCAAUAUCCCACUAUUUGCGGAUAAUGCUCACUGUGGUAGAUUUCUCUCUCACUCUUUUCUAAUCCUGUAUUUGUUAUUGUUCUGCAUGAUU